AUGUCAACACAAACCGUCUUUAGAUUCCCAACUCGCAAUGCCUUCGAGGACAUCACCUCCUUCCAGGAAGAGAUUCCUUCUAUCUCAAAGCAUGAGGUCCUCAUCAAAGUCCGCGCAGUCUCCCUGAACUCGAGGGAUGUCCAAAUCGCCACGUCCAAUUAUCCCGCCUAUGUCAAGGAGAACCCAAUUCCGUGCUCAGAUGCCGCAGGAGAUAUUGUGUCUAUUGGAGACGAAGUGCAAGGUCUUUCCAAGGGGGACAGAGUCGUAGUCUCCUUUGAUAUCACUCAUCAAUAUGGGCCCCAGAAAGAUUUCCUUACCACCCAGGGUGGUGGUGUUGAUGGAGUUCUCGCACAGUACAUCGUUCGUUCAGCCUCAAGUGUUGUGAGAGUUCCCAGUAGCGCACCACAGAGCUACAGCGAGCUUGCUUCCUUGGUUUGCACGGGUGUGACAUCUUGGAAUGCACUCUAUGGCAAUGUGCCGCUCAAACCUGGCCAGACAGUUCUUGUCCAAGGCACUGGUGGUGUUGCAAUGACUGCACUUGUUCUGGCCAAAGCGGCCGGCGCAACCACCAUCGUCACUUCUUCCAGCGAUGAAAAGCUAGACAAGGUACAGGACUGGGCAUCCAAGGCACUGGAGUUGACUGGGGGCAAGGGAGUGGACCAUAUCGUUGAGAUCGGAGGCAUUGGAACGAUCGAGCAGAGUCUUCAGGCUAUUGCGCCAGGUGGUGUCGUCAGCGUGGUUGGGUAUCUUGCCAACUGUGAGCCAGCAAAGCGACCGGAUGUGCCCCUCCUCGCGUUGCUCAAAAACUGUGUCGUUCGAGGUGUGCUGAUCGGUCCCCGUUGGAUGUUGGAGGACCUGGUAACGUUUGUCACUGCCAGAAAACUGAGAUUCCAUAUUGCAAAGGAAUUCUCUUUCGAGCGAGAGGAUAUCAUCAAGGCCUACCAUACUAUCCAGAGUGGAAAGGAAGUCUCCAAGAUUUGCAUUGUGAUGGAUUAA